UAAGUAAAUCUGCAAUAAAUUUUAAUUGAUAACAUAUGAAUAUAAAACGGCCACUGGCCUGAAGAUCGCCAGCAUUCUGCCAACUGGAGCCAUGGUGUCUACUGUUGCGGUUUUUCUGUGUGCUGCAUUUGCAGUGUUCUCGGGCGCGGCGGCUCAGACGACCUACUUGCCCGAUUCGCAAAAUGUAUACCAUCUCUUCACUAGGCAAAACCCAAGCGUCAGCCAGCCCAUGGUCCUCGGUUUCCCCACGCUCAUCGGCUCCAACUUCAACCCGGCUCGCCGCACCGUACUCAUCGUCCACGGCUGGGACUCCGAUGCCGUCUCCGCUUUCAACACCGCUCUGGUCCCUGCCAUCCUGUCUGCCGCGGACGUGAACCUGAUCGCCCUCGACUGGAGCGCCGGCGCCCGCACCACCGACCAGAACGUGCUCAUCAGCCACAACGUGCCACUCUGCGCUAACAGCGCGGCCCGUUUCAUCGUCUGGCUGAGCCAGCAGACCGGCGCGACUAUUGACCAGUACCACAUCAUCGGCUUCGAAGUCGGUGCCCAUCUCAGCGGCAUCAUCGGCCGGUACCUCGACGGACAAGUGCCUUUCAUUACUGCCCUAGCCCCGACCCGCCACGGGUUCAACUCGACCAACCAAUUCUUCCCGACCGACGGUGGCUACACCGAGGCCAUCCACACCGACGUGUACGGCUCCGGUGUGCAUGAACCCGUAGCCAUGUCCGAUUUCUACCCUAACAAUGGAUUCUUCCAGCCCGGAUGCGAGCUCGUGGACUGGGAGUGCAGCCGUGAUAGGGCUUUCCUAUACUUCGCUGAGUCGGUCGCUUCCGGAGGCUUCACAGCGGCCCGUUGCGAAGGCGAUUUCGACCACGACGUCAUCCUGCCCAUCAACUGCGACCCUGAAGAGACCCUGCCGAUGGGAGGCCUGACUGAUAAGACUGGAAAUUUCGGAUUCUACUCCUUGCCGGUGAACGCGCAAUCCCCCUUCUCCCAGGGUUAAUAAUAAUAACUAAUCUACUGACCUUUGAGGUACUUGUCAAAUAAAAUUUUACUAUUCUA